AUGACGAUGAAUGAGGAUCUUGAAGAUUCCGCAGAUGAUGAAGACGCUAAAUGGACCAUCCGCAAAUACCAUGCAUCCGGAUCUCGUCUUGACAACAAGCCAAAGACGGUUGUCGAACAGGUCAAGUUCCGCAGGUGGUUUUACACGUGGGAGAAUAUGAAAUACAUUGUUUAUCGAGCACAAUACGACGAUCCUAAGGGGUUCAGCACUUUGAAGUUGCAGUUUAUCCUUUCAGAUAAAGAAGAUGACCCCUCUGCCCGGGGCAUCGAUGCUUUGAUUCUAGCCGCCAGUGCCUGGACCAUUGAACUCCACGAAGAAAUAUACGUCUUUGAUAGUCAACAAUGGGUCAAAGACAAGAAUCUUUACGAAUCUGUCCAAGGCUCCUCGUGGGACGAAGUCAUUCUCAACAAAGCGUUGAAAGCCAAUCUUAUCGCUGACGUGGAGAGCUUCUUUGAUAAUCAGGCUUUGUAUAAGAAGCUUACUGUGCCUUGGAAACGUGGGAUCAUUUUGCAUGGUGUACCAGGAAAUGGCAAAACCAUCUCCAUCAAAGCCCUCAUGUCAACUCUCUCCUCUCGUCCAUCCCCGAUCCCCUCCCUCUAUGUCAAAUCCUUUGACGGCGAAUGCCACGGCCCAAAAUGGGCCAUCUCAUCUAUCUUCCAAAAAGCCCGCAAAAUGGCUCCCUGUCUCAUCUUUGAAGAUCUCGAUUCCCUCGUCACCGAGAAAACUCGUUCGUACUUUCUAAACGAAGUAGAUGGACUAGAGUCCAAUGAUGGAAUCCUAAUGAUCGGCAGCACGAAUCAUUUGGGAAAAUUAGAUUCGAGUAUUAGCAAGAGACCAAGCAGAUUUGAUCGGAAGUACUGUUUUAGGGUUCCGAAUGAAGAAGAGCGGAGAGCGUAUGUGGAAUUUUGGAGGGGAAAGUUGGGAGGGGAUGGAGGGGAUAUGGUGGAAUUUGGAGAGGAGUUAUAUUCGCUUGUUGUCAAGAUGACGGAGGGAAUCACUUUUGCUUAUUUGAAAGAGCUGUUUAUUGUUACGCUGUUGAGUAUUGCGAGGAGUGCUACGGGAGCACAUGAUGAUGGUGCUGAGGAGGAGGAAAGCGGGAGUUACACGACUGCUUCUACAUCUACACCUACGAAUGAUAAGGUAGUAAUUGAGAGAGACGAUAGCAUGGAAGGCGUUCUUCGCGAUUCCCAACCCACUAGUAACACCGAGGAAACAGCUGAGCAGACCAAGCCUCAGAAGACUCUCCCAACAGUGGAUAUUCCUGCGCAUCUCACAGAUAACGUUUUUCUCAAAGCACUCAUGGUGCAAGCGAAGAUGCUCGUAGAGGAAAUGGAUAAUACGGAUGAGCUUAUGGGGGCGGAGAAGGUUCCUGCUUCGAAUGGGAUGGCUGGUCCGAUGUCCAUAGGGAUGGCAAGGGCGAGGAUGGGGAUGGGUAUGUGUUGA